AUUUAAUGGAUAAUUCUCAAAAUUUUAAUCUAAAUCGAUUAUUAGAAUAUAUGGCAAUAGUAAGUGUUGAUUUAGAUAAAUUAAAUGAAUUUGAUAAGUUUGUACUUAUGUGUAGAGAAUUAACGAAGGUAUUUAAUAUUGAAAUCUAAAUUUUAGAUAUUUAUGGAGAUGGGUGGAAUUUUAAAAAAAGCUUUUGAAGAUAUUAAUUCAAAAUGUAGAUUAUUAGAGUUGAAUUGGAGUAUGCAUAAACAUGGAUCUUUGAUAGAGUUUAUAUAAUUUGAAAAAUAGAAAGGUAUAUAAUAAUAUAUAAAAGACAUUGCAAAAUUGAAUGGAUAGAAUACUGAAAAUUUUGGAUAUAAAUAAGGAGAUUUUUAUUUUGAUUAUGAAUCAUCAGCUCGUACAUUAUUAAGAUUAAUGUGGUUUUUUGAUUUUAUUUACUAUUUAACAAACCAAUUACUAACUGAUAAGAAGAAAAGUUUUAGUUCUAUAUGUUCUGAAGCAUACAAAGAAAGUCUUGCUCCUCAUCAUUCAUUUACUUUAAAAACAGUUGUUAAAGCAGGUUUAUAUACUGUUGGAAGGUACAAUACUUAUAUUAAUAUUAUAGUUGUGAUAAUUUCUAUAAAGUUAUUUUUAAAGAAAAUGAAGAUAAAGAUGAAAAAUUAGGAAUAAUAAGAGAUACUAUUAUGAAAUUGAAAUUUAGAUUAUGGACAUUUUACAAAAAUGAAAAUUUGUGUGAAUUGCCAUGAUU